CGCCAGGGAAGAAAAAAAAGAAGCACAACGAAGAGUCACUCGAAGGGGGAUCCGCUCACCACGCUCAUCGGUGCGGCGCGACUGUGCGCGGCACAAGAAAAAACUAGUGGGGCGAAACCACCAACACGUGCCAGCACGCAUUUACUGGCUGUCCGGUGCACGCGUGUGUGCCGGCCGCAGCGGACGUCGCUGCAGCUCACCAGACCCCCGCCGCCCUCCCACACUGCUUGCGGCUCCAAUCACCUCACAGUCCGCCCAAUUGAACCGCCGCCGCCCCACGCCUGUCGGGCAGCCACUGCACACUCGCCACGUCCACCGCUGCUGCUGCUGCAGCUGCUACGCGGCGUGGCGUGCGCGAGGCGUCAGCACGCCACGCACCAAAAACCGACCGGAGCCAGCCGGGCGGUGGACACAUGCGGCAGCCACACCUCCAGACACACCCACACGCACACGCACACUCGCCGUGGCCGCCGCCGCUGCUGGCGAAAG